AAAAGAAGCGCCCAGCGCGCCGUUUUUUGGCUUGUCAACCGAAACCACGCAACAAUUUCUCUGUAUCUUGAUAAAUGUUACUAUUUUUCUCCAGUUUUACAUAGAAGAUUACGUUUAUCAAUGUGCUGCACAACUCGUAAUGUAAAACGGCCAAAGUGUUUUUUGUGAAACAUAUUGCAAAUUACUUUUCCCACCGUAGUGACCCGCGAACUCUUAACAUGCCUCUAUUGAAAAGAAAAGCAUUUGAGAAAUCGACGGUGUCUGAAUACCUUCGCGACGACGAUGAGGUCUUCCACUGUGAGAUCACCGACGAGAUAUUCAAGGAUUAUGAGGAGUAUUGCGAGCGGAUUAUCCUGGUUAACUCCAUGGUGUGGACAUGUGAGAUGACGGGGAAGAACAACUUGACAUACGCCGAAGCUAUGGAUAGUGAGAAAGCUGCAAGGAAGUCACUAAAAGAUUUUCCUAUGGAGCUGCGAAUACCAAUAUUAUACUUGGCAGCAAAGACCAAGAGAUGUUCAUUUGCUGAGAUGUCAGAAGAUGUAUUUAACUUUGUGAGAGAGAGAUACUUUGUUGGAGAGUCAGUUGAAGCAUGUCUGGAAGGUGAUCAGUGGCGGGAAGCCCACAUACUGUCAGUCACAGUCCAGAAGCAACAUCCAAAUAGCACAUCAACACCUCCAGCAUCUUCAUAUUGUUAUGAAGUAGAACAGUUCCAAGAGUUGGAGCAGACCUCUGCUGGCCAGAUGGGUACCGCUCCAUAUGACCGUGUUCGGCGACGUAAAGGUGUCUAUUCACGUGAUAAAAAUAGACUCUUUCUCAAACAAUUUGUUGAACAAGGAUCUGGAGGAAUCAUAACUAUAAAGCAAUCAGCAAUGGAAAAAUACAACAUAAACAAAGUAAAUUUCAAUCAAAUAUUUACCGGAAGUCCACCAGAGUUUGCAUCAUCAAAGAAAUUAUUAAAAACAAGUAUGUCACCACCGAAAGCAAAGCCAGGAUCUGCAACUAAGCUUAACAAAUCAUUGAAAAAAGUUAGUCCCGAUAAGAAAGGCAGACAGGAAUCAAUGGAUAAGUUUGUUAAGAAGACUGAUAAAUCUGAAGCAUCACCCAAACCGAAACAACCAAUGGAUCCUGAAGCCAGAAAGAAUGCUCAAGAGUUAGUAGAGAAAAUGCGAAGAGCGGAAGACCAGUUGAGACAGCGCAAGGAAGAAGAGAAAGCAAAAAAGAAAGCACAUCUCAAAGAGUGGCAGAGAAUCAAAGAUGACCAAGAGUUGGAGGAUCAUAAGGUGAUACCACAAGCAACACCGGUACAAGUUGAAGGCAUACCGCACAAACAUCUCGGCGAUUUUCUAUCUAUCCUAGAAUUUGUUCAUAUGUAUAAUGACAUACUCAAAGUAAAAGAUGUAUUUCAUCAAGACUUUGAUUUGGAGUUGUUCAGGAAAUCUUUGACAUUGAAGGAGCAUGCGGGAGCAUUCAGUGAUCUCGUACAGAUGUUUCUAACUACAAUAUUCACAUUGCAAGAAGAUGAAGCGGAGGAAUAUAAUGAGAACGGAAGAAUGCAGGAGUCUACAGGGGAUGCAGAAUUAGAAACAGAUAUAGGAGUAUCAAAGGCGAUAGAAUUGGCUACGAAGGCCAGCAAGUGGUCCCAGACGUACCUCGGUACGCCGCUAGGUAAACUGCCCCUCGAUCCAACCACCGUCACUGAAGUACUCAGAUUAUAUAUGCUGUCGUCGGGCGGGGUGAGCGGCGGACGCAACGCGGCAUUCCGGUCAGUGCAGCGCGGUGGUUACACCGGUGCUGAUGAUGCAGCGCUGCGCCUGCGUAUCACUAAGCCGGCGGUGGUGCGCCGACUGGCCUCCGUACACGUUGCUGACUUGCCACUAGAGGACAAGUUUCUUAUCCUGCAAUGCCUCAUGAACCAAGUGCUGAGUUACGCAACCGUGCGUGACAUCACUGAAGAGCGCCUCGAGGAGUACAAGAUUACCAAACAGUCACUAAGGAUGCUGCAGAUAAAUGAACGUAAACGCGAAGUACAAUUAGUAGCAACACGUCAGGAGUUAAAGAAGGAAGCUCAAGCCACAAAAACGGAACAGAAGUUGUCAGGAGAUCAAGCCAAAGUGAUAGACGAACAACUCAAGAUAUCUAUAGAGAAGUUAAAUAAAAAGAGUGAAGUUAAAAAACAUGAAUAUGAGAAGAAACUCAAAGAGUUACAGCUGUCUCUCUUUAAGUACACUUCUUAUGUUGGUAUGGACCGCGCGUACCGCCGCUACUGGGUGAUGCGGCGCGUGGGCGGCUUGUUCGUGGAAGCUGGUGAUGAGGAACGCGGCCUCUGCAGGCACAAGCUGUCCAGUCCGCAUCUCAUGAGGGAGGAACGAGCUGGAAGUGACAAAGAGAACGAAUCGGCGGCAAAUCUUCGCGGCUCACCAAAGAAGCCGUACGUCAACGGCGUAGGCGUGAAGGUGGGCGGGGCGGAGGGCGGGGCCCCGGCGAACGCGCACGCACUGCAGCGAGCCAGGGAACUCAUGUUGUGCACUUCUGAUAUCAACACGUGCUAUGUACAUGGCAAGGUGGACCGGCCACACUGGUCAGUGUACCAUACGGAGGAGCAAAUUGGUGCACUUUUGGCGGCACUCAAUAAGCGAGGUCUGCGCGAGAACGAGCUGAGACACGGCCUCGAGCAGGACGGCGCGCAUCUCCUCACGCACGUCGCCAGCUGUCCGCUACAUCUGCUCAAUCCUACUGUCGCACCUCCUCCUGCUCAGCCGUCGCAGCACAUGACGCGGCGACGCUGGCAGCCGUCGCUGAGCGUGCCCGCGGACACGUCGCUCAGCGAGGCACUCGAACUGUCUCUGCGGGACCACAUACUGGAGCUGGAGGAGAAGAUCUUCCAUGGAUGUUUAGGAGCGCUUAAAGUUAAGGACCGCGAGGCGUGGCGCGGCACGCUGAUGCUGAAGGGAUACGACAAGCAGGCGGAGUACCUCACCUGGGGACCUGGACAGAAGUACAGGGACGACUAUCAUCAGCCUAAUGGCGUGCUCAAAUUACCUAACGAUGUAGACAAAGAAGAAAUGGAAGCGAUACCAAUAAACAGAUACCGUGACCCUGGACACUACUUAGAUGCUCCAAGGGUGAACGGAGUCAAGAAUGGGCAUGAGGAGACACGGGAGCCAAGUGCCGAGGUAGUGCGCGGUCUGGCCUGCGCGCUGCUGCAGGUCUCCCAGGCUAUACACCAUAAGUACCUGAAAAGACCUCUAGGUUUAGACGACAAAGAGCGUAAAGAUCGUGAAGCAAAGAACAAGCCACUCGACCUGGAAGCGCUGGAGAGAUGGGAGGUGUCUCUAAUGGAGUGCAGGAGCUUCGCACAAGUUGUCCUUCACCUCCUGACCCUGGACUCCAGCAUCACCUGGUCAGCAAGUAUACUAAAUGCCAGCUGCAGGAUCUGCCGUAGAAAGACCGACCCUGAUAAUAUGCUGCUCUGCGACGGAUGCAAUAAGGGACAUCAUUUAUACUGCCUCAAGCCUAAACUAUCGAAAGUACCUGACGGCGACUGGUUCUGUGACCAGUGCCGGCCGAGAGAGAAGACGCCGAGGAGAAAGAGGAAGUUGUUCAGUGACGAUGACCUUGAAGAUGACCUUGACGACAGUGUGGGCGUGGCGGAGGGCGAGUUGGGCGAGGUGGGCGGGGCGAGACUGGAGUGGGGGUCAGUGUGCGGGGCGUGCGGGAGCGGGGGCAGGCUGGGGGCCACGUGCCGGGCGUGCGGCGCCAGGUGUCACGCGGAGUGCGUCUCACAGCGGCGAGCACUCUGCAACACUUGCUCCAGUAAUGGAUCACGUAGAGAGCACACUGUACGUCGGUGCGCGGCGACCGCGAUCAACAACAUCCACGAGUACGCGCGAGUGCUUGACGCGCCGGUGGAUACCUCGGAUUCUGAAGAUAGUGAAUAUAACACAGCAUUGGUCAAACUGAAAAAACGUAACUCGCGGAGCAGUAAAGAUGAAUCACCGGUACCAAAUGGCGCUAAGAGAGGGCGCAAGCCUAAAAAUCUGUUGAACGGUACACCUGGCAGAAAGUCUAAAUCACUCACUAAUGGUCAUCACGAAGAAACAGUUUUAAGGAAGAGGUCCAGUCGCCGUGAACCCUCAGUCAGCUUGCACACAGACAAGCUGGAGACGCUGCUGCAUGAUGCCAUGAAGCACAAAGACGCAUGGCCCUUCUUAGACCCUGUUUCCACUGAAGACGUGCCAGAUUACCUUGACGUGAUCAACGAGCCCAUGGACUUAACUCUAGUGCGGGAGAAACUGAGUGAAGGACAGUACGCGGCAGACACAGACCUGCUGGCAGACGUCGCCCUCGUCUUCUACAACUGCUUCACUUACAACAAGGACACGCAUCCUGUCGCCAAAGCUGGCUACCGACUAGAGAAGUAUCUGAUAAAGCGCUGCACAGAACUAGACCUGCCACCUCUACCACCAACAGUACUUGAUGAAGAAGUAGAAGAACCAGUCAAGAGGAAGUAUCAAGAUGAAAUUGAUGAGGACUCCAAAACGAAGCGAGCAAAACUAAAGUGACAUAAAUGGUCCCAUCUUACAGACAAUGUGGUGUACUGACAGUGUUUAGUGAUGGUGUUUGUGAUUGAAAUGAAAGAUUGGUGUGAUGAAUCAGAUUGGUGAUGUAUUUAUUAAGUUGCCGUCUUGUUUUGUUUGGAUUGGUUUUUACAAAGACUUCCAAUGGUUAUCCUCUGAUAAAUUCAAAGCUGUCUCGUUUUUCAAUAGCAGACGGAUGUUAUAUUAUUGCUGAUUUCAAACAAACAACAAUAUGAAAAACACAUUAGUAGUAAACUUAUUUUGUUAAUGUAUUUAUUUAUGACCCUAGCUUUAUAUAUGUUGUGAUUAUUUUGCAAGGUUAUUUUAUUGUAUAAUUUGGUAUUUACAUGAUAAAUUGUCGUUUUGAAGAAGUGAUUUGAUAAAAUUAUGUUUUUUUUAUCUGUGCUGAGGAAUGUCACAAAAUUGAAAUACUGUCAAAUUAAUUUUGAUGAUCCAAAAUUUGGACAAAUACAAACAUAUGGCUGUGGUCUUGCAUAAUAAACAGGUAUUAGAAUGAAUUUGAAAGUAUACCCACUUGAAUAGAAUAAUUUGUGAACCUUACAUUGUUUUUGUUUUUACUUAAUUAUUGAAAAUUUUGAGCUAAAGGUAAUAUGACGA